GGAAGCACAGUUGAGAACAGCAUUCUUUGUUGCGAGAAACAAUCUACCACUACGCACUCACAACAAGCUGAUUGACCUUCAAAGAGAAAAUGGUUGUGAAGUCUUACAAGACAAGUCAACAAUCUACACCAGUAAUGAAGCCCAUGAUCAGAUGAUUGACGCCAUUAAUGAACAUAUCAGUGACCUUGUCAAAGCUGACAUAUUAUCUAGUGACUUUGUAGGAGUGAUAGUAGAUGAGACCACUGAUAUUAGCAUUCACAAGAAAUUGAACAUUUACUUCAAGUGUUUUAAGGCCAAUACAACAGAGACGGUGAUACAUUUUAUUGACUGUGUGAGUGUAAGAGAUGGAAAAGCAGAGACUCUUGUGAACGCCAUUCUUGAACAAUGCUCUAAAUUAGGACUUGACAUGUUGAAACUUGUUUCUAUGGCAAGUGAUGGUGCCAAAGUUAUGACUGGACAUAAAGGUGGUGUUGGUGCCUUACUUAGGAAGAGUAACCCUAGACUUGUUCAAGUGCAUUGUGUUGCCCAUAGACUAGCUCUGUGUGCUGGCCAGGCAUGUAAAGAAACAAAACAAUUUGCCGAAUACCAUAAACACUGUGAAGAAUGUGUAUCGCUACUUCCACAACUCAGCUGUUCGUUACAAUACCCUCAGAGAAAUGGAGAAUGUUUUAAAUGAUGAGAAUGGGGACACACAUACAACACUAAAGAACCAGCAAGCUUCAGAUGGUUGUCAUUAGAGGCAGCAGUGAAGGCAAUUUACAAAGUAUACCCAGCACUUGUAUUAGCUCUUGAAGCAGAGGCAGCAACUGGCAGUGCAGAUGCUAAGGGUAUCCUGAAAAGUGUAAAAAGUGCCGCUUUCAUUCUUAGAACUGGAUUUUUAAUUGAUGUCUUAGAAUGUGUGAAUAAACUGUGUAAAUUGUUCCAAAAAGAUGAUUUAAAUGUUGACACUGUAAUGACACAGGUUUCCAGUACCAAAGACACUGUUGAAAGUUUCAAGAUUAAAAAUGGUGUGGUCCUCAGUAAAGUUUAUGAUUCUCUCAAAGAUGGGAAGUAUCUAGAUGUUAAAUUAAAUGACACACCACUUAUCCGUAUGGGAUUUCAGUCAAGUGCAGCUGAAUACAUAAACAAUCUUGUUGACAAUCUAAAUGCCAGAUUUGAAGAAGAAUCCAUGGACAAACUGUCAGUAGCUAAUAAAAUCCUAAACCCAAAUAUGCUUCCUGAGACUACCCACUUCCAUCAUUAUGUAUGGGGAAGAAGAUAUUGAAUCUGUGACCAAGUGGCUAGGCCCAAUCAAUGACCAUCCAGGCUUAGUUGACACAGAAAAAGAAUGAAACAGGACCAUACACAAUUUAAGAUGACUUUAAAAAAACAUGAGGGGAAAAACUUUAUCAAAUGUGUGUGAAAUCAUCAUUAAUGACUUCAGUGACAGUUAUCCAGACUAUGCAGUUCUGGCCAAGUACAUGUUAACCGCCCCACUUACAAGUGUAGCAUGUGAAAGGGGUUUCUUUUCCACCAAAAAUAGACUAAAGACAAAAGCUAGGUCCCGUACAAGCCAUGAGAAAGUUGCUAAAACUGAUCAGAAUAAUUGAAGAAGGUGAUAUUAUCAAAGACUUCCCAGCAGCUGCUAUUGUGCAGAGAUUCAAUGAUAAGGUUAAGAGGCGUAAAUGAACACAUGAUUAUGAACUAGUAGGAGAUAAAUGUGGUCUGUGCAACUGGGUCUAUGUAAUGAUCUGUAAAUGAUUGACUGAAAAAAAAAUGUUUUUCUGUUUUAAAGAAAUCACAUUGUAUGCUACAUAACAUUGUAUCCAAAAUGUCAGUGCAUUGAUUAAUUUCUAUAUUAAUUGAUAUUAAAAUGAAAUUGAUACAAUUGAUAAAUGAAGGAUAUUAUGUAAUACCUCUGCAUGAUUUACUGAAAUAGUAUUACUGUAUUAAAAUGUUGCUGAAAAUACA